CAAGCUCCUCCCAGGGGAUGUGGUCUCCAGCCUAAUUUUUCAGCCACUUACAGUUUUAGUCAGUUAGCGAAUGACUUGGCAUCAAUCAAGUUCUGCAGUUGGAAUUUGAGCUGAGCUGAGGUGAACAUGAAGUUCUCCGUUAGCAUCUUUCUGCUUAUCUGCUUCACUCUGAUGGGAUUUGGCACAGCAAUUCGCUGUUACAGUUGUAAAGAUUACACUGCCAGUUGCUCCAAACAACGAGACUGUAGCUAUGACGAUGCCUGCCUGACACUCACAGAGAGAGGAGGGAUGACGUUCCGCCAGUGCCUCAAGUAUUCAGACUGCGAGUACAGCCGACUGGGACAGAUGUUCCCACAGGUGUCCAGUUUCACAUUCAAGUGCUGCAACUCGGAUCUGUGUAACUCCGCCCAUUCUUCAGCAGUAAGUUCUCUUAUUGGUGUGCUGGCAUCUGUAGCUGCCACAUGGUGGGUUACCCACUAACUCCACCGGUUUGACUGAUCCCAGCUUCCCAUCACAUCGUCAAUGACUACAUGGAGCUGAUUAUCAGUUGGACAGGUGUCUCUUUUCUAGAUAAAAAUUCACUGAUGUUUGCAGAGUUUUAAUAUGAUCCCGAUUUAUGUAUUUGAUCUAAAGCUGCAUCAUUAAUGAACACUGACCAAAAAACAAAAACAAAUCAAAAAACAAAAAAAACAAAAAACAAGCACUUCAAGAUUUGUCUCAUUGUGAUGAGGGCAUAGAUUAGAAACAACUAUUACUACUCGAUGUCAUAAAUUCACUUAAAGGCAGGGGCGGUUAUAUUUUGGUGAAACCACACACACACACAUAUAUAUAUAUAUAUAUAUAUAUAUAUAUAUAAAAUAUAUAUAUAAAAUAUAUAUAUAUAUAUAUAUAUAUAUAUAUAAAUAUAUAUAUAUAUAUAUUUGGUUCACAUUGGAAUACAGUAAGGGAACAAAAUGCAAAACAAACUGCUAAUAUUUUCUGCAAAUGGACAGAUUUAAUGACAUUUAAAAUGAAACAACAGCUUGAACAUUUUCUUUUUAGGAAUGUGCAACAUAAAUAGUUUGUCUUCAAUUUAGGAAAUGACGCAGACAAGUACAUCUGUUACAAUUUGAACAGUCGGAAUUACUAUGCUGUCUUAUUAGGCUGUUUAAAUGCCGGUGGACGUUGCAUUUGAAAAACAACAUGUGACUAGACAUGACGUCCGCUAGUCAGAAGCUGAGCUGCGUUGUGGUUGUUCACGGCGUGCGUCCAUUACUUGUCCCUUACCUAAUAUGUUAAGUGUGGGAAUAAUCGCUCGAUCAUAUUACAUAACUGCCCCUGAAAUUUGGUUCUCAUUUUAAGGCUAGUUUUGAAAAAUUGUGGCACGCUUUCCUGGGCCUUGAGUUUGACACCUGUGCUUAAAUGUAUAUUUAAUGUUCAAAUGUUGUAAUUUUCCUUGUAACUACUGUAAGCAAAAUAAAUGCUAUAUGUGAAUAAUUUAUCACUCUACUUGGAUUCUACUCUUAGAAACUAAAAAAAAAAAUGUACUCGGUUAUUAUAGUUGAUUACAAUAUAUCCAAACAGACUGCAUUUUCUCAUUCACUCCAUCACACAACUAGAGUAGUAGAAGUAGAAACACACGGGUUUAUUUGCUCUAUCU